GCUGAUCCACUUCGAGCGGGUCCAGUUCCACCUGAAGAACUUCGACAUGGUCAUCGUCUACAAGGACUACAGCAGGAAGGUCACCAUGAUCAACGCCAUCCCCGUGGCCUCCCUCGACCCCAUCAAGGAGUGGCUCAACUCCUGCGACCUGAAGUACACUGAGGGGGUUCAGUCCCUCAACUGGACCAAGAUCAUGAAGACCAUCGUGGAUGACCCCGAGGGCUUCUUCGAGCAGGGAGGUUGGUCCUUCCUGGAGCCCGAGGGAGAGGGCAGCGACGCCGAGGUCGGGGAGUCGGAGUCGGAGAUGGAGGAUGAGACCUUCAACCCCUCCGAGGAGGACUACGAGGAGGAGGAGGAGGACAGCGACGAAGAUUACUCCUCUGAGGCCGAGGAGUCAGAGUACUCCAAGGAGUCCCUGGGCAGCGAGGAGGAGAGCGGCAAAGACUGGGACGAGCUGGAGGAGGAGGCCAGGAAAGCUGACCGUGAGAGCCAGUACGAGGAGGAGGAGGAGCAGGGCCGCUCGCGCAAGAGGAAGGCUGCAGCUGCCCGUGGGGGGCACCACCGAGCCUCAGGACCCCCCAAGAAGAAGAGGAAGUAGCAGAAGGCUUCUGCCUGGCCCAGACCACCUUGGGGGGGGGGAGGGGAGGGGAGGGGGAGGGAGGAGCCUGAGGGCAGCUCCCAGGAGGAUUUGGGGGAGGGAGGGGAGGGAAAAGUUCGGAGCUUGGGGAGACCUCAGGAGGAAUUUGCAGCAACUUUGGGAGGGUUUGGAGCCAAUUUUGGGGAAGUUCUGCCCAGUUUGGGGAAUUUUCAUCCAAUUUGGGGGAAUUUUCAUCCAAUUUGGGGGAAUUUUCACUAAUUUGGGGGAAUUUUCAUCCAAUUUGGGGGAAUUUCCACCAAUUUGGGGAAUUUUCAUCCAAUUU